UACGGAUUUUAACAAAAUCUGCCACUUGAUCAAAUGUCGAUAAAGUGAACUAUGAACAAGUAUUCCAACCUAGGUCAGCGCAAGGCCAGUCACAUUUAUGUUUAUAUUGUCAUUAUUAAGGUUCCAUUUGACUUUCAUCAGCUCAUGUGACUAAAUAGCGACAGAAAAAUUUUGACCAGUGAGGGUCGUUCGUAUCAGUGUUUAAAACCGAAGACAAACAAUUCACAGAAGAUCAUUGAUCGUCAACCAGUCGUGUGUGAAAUAUCUUCCUAUUAAAAAAAAUGUCGUCCGGUGAGAGCAGAACGAUUGUCAUAGCGAUGGACGGAAGUGAACAUGCGGAUUAUGCCUUUCAUUGGUAUGUGAAGAAUGGUUACAGAGAGGGAGACAAAGUCGUCAUAGUGUUCUGUGCUGAAUACAAUAGUAUAGCAAGUCAACCACUAACGCUGAUGUCUGUCGACAAAAACCUAAUAACGAACUUAAUAGACGGUGAGGAGAAGAAAGUUAGAGACCUAGCCUCCAAGUUUGAAUCCCUGGUUCUCAAAUACAAGAUAGAAGGUAAAAUUGUUCGAGUCAAUGGAGAACCAGGACCUGGUAUAGUGAAGGUGGCAGAAGAGGAGAAGGCGGCCAUGAUUAUUACAGGGACACGUGGUCUCGGUAAAAUCCGGCGGAAGUUGCUCGGUAGUGUUAGUGAGUACAUUCUACAUCACUCUCCAGUUCCGGUAAUGGUGUGUCGGCAGAAAGAAUGAACAGAGACUGAAAGAAAUCCACUGCUUUAAAUAUGAAUUUUUAUAGA